AUGUCUUCGGCAGAAAACACAGUCAAUGGGGAAGUGGAAUCCCUGGAGCAGAUGCAGGCGCGGCACAGAAAGGAACAGCGAGACCUCCAGUCGCGCAUCACCAACAAGAAGAAGAACGCGACCAAAAAGACUCGGAAAUUCGUCAACGACGAGUGCGCCGAGCUCGAACGCCAGCUCAAAGAACGGCAGGAGGAGGAGAUAAGGAAACUCACUGGCGCGGGCGACGACGAUGACGGAGAAGAAGGAGAAAAAGCAGCACUGGAACAACAACAACAACAACAACAACAACAACAGGACGAAUCCCAACAACCACAACAACCACCACCACCACCGUCAUCAUCAUCAGAGCCCGCCGUAACCAACCUGACCAACAAACUCAACACCACAACCCUCUCACCAUCGACGCAAUCACAGCCACAGCCACAAACACAACAGCAGCAGCCGCAAAAACAGAAACGCAACCGCCAGAAAGAGCGCCUCGCCCGGCGCGCAGCAGAGCAGGAGGCCGCCGCGCAGGCGGCCGAGGCCGAGGCGUCCAACAUGACAGACCGCCGGGGCCUGGAGCGCGAGCGCAUGCAGCGCGAGCUGGCGGCCCACGCGCUGCGCGAGCACGAGAUCGCGCCGGACGGGCACUGUCUCUUCUCGGCGGUGGCCGACCAGCUGGAGGUCAACGGCAUUCCCUUACUGCUACUACGAGAAGGAGCAGGAACAGGAAUAGGACCUGGACCGGAAAGCGGUGUUGGUCGGGGUGGGGUUGGGAAUGGGGAAGGGGAAGGGUUCGACGCCAAAACGGUGGUGGAGGAGCCGUACCGCGUCGUGAGGAGGGCGGCGGCCGACUGGAUCGCCGGGCACAGGGACGAGUAUGCUGGGUUCUUGGAGGAGGGCGUGGAUGAGUAUGUGGGCAAGAUCCGGGACACGGCCGAGUGGGGCGGGCAGCUGGAGCUGAGCGCGCUGGCGAAUGCGUAUGGGGUGGAGAUCAGGGUGGUGCAGGGGGAUGGGAGGCCCGUGGAGGUUGUUACGCCCACUUCGCCUGCGACGGGGGAAGAAAAUGGGAAGGGAGAGGGGGAAGGGAAGGAGAAAGGGGAGAAGAAGAAGAAGACGCUUUGGUUGGCGUAUUAUCGCCAUGGCUAUGGUCUGGGCGAACAUUACAACUCGUUGAGGAAGGCCAAGGCCGUUCAGUGA